AUGACGCUUUUCUACGGCUCGCUUUAUGCGGCGCUCAUGGUGGCAUCAGUGAUGGAAGGCGGCCUAACCGACGUCUUCUCUUUUGAGGACGUGGCCCAGCUGCUGAAGCAGAGAAGCAUUGUGCUGCCCGUCUGGCUGCACUUUGUCGUCUGCGACCUGUGGGCUGGCCGGUGGGAGGCUCUGGACGGCUGCCGCCGCGGCGUCCCCAAGGCGAGCGCGUGCGCUGUCUCCUCGCCCUUGCCGUUUGAUCACCAGCUGUGGUUCUGCAUCCGCUUGACAGCCCAUGGGUGCAUGCAGAUCUUGAUGACGGUGCCGCUCGCUGUCACGCUGCUCUUUGGUCCCGCGGGACUCGUGCUCUACCUGGCCGCCAUCAGGCCCUUCUUCCCCGAACGCAGAGCAGCAGGCAAAGAGGACUGA